CAUUCCAACGGUGACGUCAUUAAUGCGCGCCUUGUGUUUACAGAGAGCCGUCAAAAUAUAAAAUGUCAGCUGUUUUAACCCUAAAACGAGUUCAAUUUAAAUAGUGAUAUGAGUUUUUGAGAAGGGUACGCAGACAGAAAAUUAUACUAUUCUAUUAUAAAUAAUCUCUAUGGAAGGAUACAGAUAUUUUGAUGUGUUAGGUCAUUAUAAAGUUACAGUAUGAUGUAACAUGACACUCGCAAGCGGUGUCUUCAUGUGAGAACAUGGAUAAAGCAGAAGAUCUGGAGACACUUGGUGAGGAACUGUACUCUCUGAUUCACCCCAAACACAAAGAGAAUGCUGGAAAACUCACAGGUAUGCUGCUGGAGUUGCCAGCACCUGUCCUGAGGCAGAUGGUGCAGGACAAGGCCACGCUGUCCGAAGGUGUGGAAAAAGCCCUGCGAGCCCUGCAGCUGGCACAGGAACCCAGCAAGAUACCGUGUAAGGACGACGAUGACCUGUCUGUGUCUUCUGACUCUCUGGGCGAGCAGCUGUUUGAGCUGGUGGAUGUUUACAACACCGGCCACUCCCAGAAAAUCACAGGAAUGCUCCUGGAACAGCACAAACAGGCCAUUUUAAACCUUCUUUCUGACCCUAAACUACUGGAAGAGCAGGUGAACUUCUCGCUGAAGACACUUAAGGAGCAGAACAUGGAAGGGACAGGCAUUAGUGACGCUGACGACGCAGAGCGGCUCGGAGAGAAGAUCUUCUCACUAGUGGAAGAGCUAGAUCCUCUACAUGCAAAUUAUAUUACAGGUAUGCUGCUGGAGAUGGACCCAGCUGCUCUCCACCAGCUGCUCAGGGACCACACGAUGCUGGAGGUCGCUGUUCAGAAAGCACAGGCUGCACUGGACUCUCCGAAUCAAACUCUGUCUACUUGACCGCAAGAGCGUUGCAAUAUUUUACACACAAAAUAAGAAUAGUAAAUGAUCGUGAUUAACUCGAAUAAUAUGAUGCUGGGAAGUGUGAGCACAUCCCUUUAGGAGAUCACAUUUCACCUUAAUAAGCAGCGAACUUCUUCAUAUUCAUUGAGUGGACUGUGAGGAGUCCAAAAUUGACUGCACUUAUUGUAAAUAAUUGAAAAGUCCAGUUAGCGCGAGCUGAUAUUGCUCUUUGGAAUAUGGGAUCUCUUUGUCAGCACAUGAAUGUCUUUCACAGAGAAAUGGACUGUGUUCCAAUUCUAAAACAUUUAUGCAUCGAUGUUGCUCCACCUGGGAGCCGAGCUUCCACACAAGGCAUCAGAACUUCAUUGUUGCUUGAUGAAAAUGUUUACAGCGGGAGAAGAGUGUUGUCGCCAACAGUCACGCUAUGACAACUUUUGUUUUUGUACUGUACAUAAUGUAGGUUUAAGUUGAUGAAAUGUUGCUGCCGAGAGAAAAUAUGGCAAAUUAUAUAAAAAUGAAGAAGUGUU